UAUCGCCCUGGAUGGGGGCAAACACAGCCACAAAUUUAAAUUGGGCCACGUCGAUCUUUAGCACUUCCCGCGACCUACUUCGCCUAGAGCCCCACGUCCCAAUUUUCCGUCCACGUUCACUUUCCCAGGAAAUUAUUAUUUUUCCUUGAAUCAGUCUCCAGACGGGCUAGUUUGAUUCAUUUUUAUAGUCUUGUUUGUGACCUUGAAGCUGUGAUAGACAGUUAGUAGCAGAGUGGUGGGAAUGGCUGCACCGGGUUCGGUUCAGAAAACAGAGGAGGAUUGGAGGGCUAUACUCUCUCCCGAGCAGUUUCGGAUUCUUCGACAGAAAGGGACAGAGCUGAAAGGCACCGGGGAAUAUAAUAAGUUUUAUGAAGAAGGGAUUUACAACUGUGCUGGUUGUGGAACACCACUUUAUAAAUCCACAACCAAAUUUGACUCUGGCUGUGGUUGGCCUGCCUUCUUUGAGGGUUUCCCUGAAGCCAUAACUCGCACUCCGGACCCAGAUGGGAGGAGAUCUGAAAUUACAUGCACAGCUUGCGGUGGGCACUUGGGUCAUGUUUUUAAGGGGGAGGGGUUCAAAACUCCUACAGAUGAACGCCACUGUGUUAACAGUGUUUCCAUUAAGUUUGCUCCCGCAAAUUCUGCUCCUUCACUGUGAAGUAUUUGGAGGUUCUGAUUUCCCAGGAACAUGCAUCUUGUGUACAAUCUUUUGUUUAGUGUAAUUUGUAAAGCCUCCCAGAAAGAUCCACAUGGUGGCAGGGCGAUGAACGAUGACUUAAGUGUGACAUUUAUGUGAACAAAACCUUUUGUUUGUCUUAUCACAUGGCUUUGUUAAUAGUUUUAAUAAAGGGCCUGCACCAUGAAAUUCUUCUCAA